AACAAAACAAACUCGAAAAGUUUGAAUUAAUUUGAAACUAAAGUUUUGCAGCAUUAAUAGGAAGGAUUUAGCAUAUCAAAAGCGUUUAACAAAAUCUAUAGUUAAUAACUUAAUAAGGGAUAGUAUUUACAAUGUCCACAAAAGAUCAAAAAAUUAAGGAAUUCUUACAAACAAAACGAGCACCACUGGAUGAAUGGAAUACACAUGAGCAAUUGUGUUUGGCGUCAGCAGUAGCGUGUAGCGGUGAUCAAAACUGGAUGAGUGUAUCGAGAGCAUUAAAAGGAAUUGUUUCAUCAUAUAAUUCAAGGCCUGGCGAUUGGUUUUUAUCCAAAAGCUGUGCUACUCAAUAUGGAAAACUAUUGGAAUCAUGUGAAACACCGAAACGCAAAAAGCGAACUGCUUCAGAGCGUGAUCAACCAACAGAGACUCCUUCAACGCCGGUAGAAUCGUUAGUAAAGAAACUCACAGCAGAACGAAUAAUUGAAUUAAAAAAAUCAAUUCAGGAAGAACAACAGCAGUUUGGAAAGCUUAAGGAAGAAAUGCUAUUUUUGCAAAGUUCAUCGUUAGACGAGACAAAAGUACGUGAGAUGUGGAAUCAGAUUGAACAAGAAAAGAUACAGAAAGAACGCGAACAAGUUCGUCAUGAUCAAUGGCUAAAAGAUCGAGAGGAAAAAAAGCUACAACAUGAAAGACAAUGGCGUGGUCCGUAUAAAUCGAAUAUUAGAACACAAAAAUCGCAAGACGAUAUGGAAUCCGAUACAACGACACAGCAACAAACAGGUACAUCACCAUCACCAUUGUUAACUUCGCUUCUUAAGUCUCCAUCACAGACUGUCCAGCAAGCAACGUCCUUAAAUAGUGGCAGUAGUAAUAAUAACUCUGCUCGAAUAGCUCCCACAAUAACCAAUCUCCUAACUGGCACUUCAUCAGCUUCCAAUAAUCCCAAUAUCAUUGUGCAAAACCUAAAAUCAUCUUCAUCAUCAUUAAUAUCAUCAUCUGCACCAAACAUUAAUAUAUCCGCUUCCACAUCCACAUUGUCAAAUAUCAUUAAAAUUGAUAAUUCUUCUCCUUCUUCUAUAGUUUCACAUUCUCAAUCUGCGCCAACUCUCAUUACAUUACUGGAUAAAAGACUAUCAUCACAACAAGAUUCAGCAACAGCAGAAAAACAACAGAUGCUUAUGUCAAUCGAAAGUGGUGGAAAAGAUGGCGAUAUAGUAAAAGACGAAGAAGCCGAAUUACUUGCUGACUUUAAUGAACUUAUUGAUGCAGAAAAAUUUGAUAUGGACGAGGAUUUAGAAGAUCUUAACUCUAUUAUAAUGAAUCCCGAAAUUCUCGAAGAGAAAAUAUCCGAUGGUGAACCUAUUAAGGAUGACUCUUCUCAAGCGACCUCAACAGAUGACUAUGACAAGUUAAAGAUUAAACAAAUUGUUGAGACAAUUCAGGAUUUAGCAGGUGUUUCUGAUGUUGAAACAUCAGUGCAUAGUAAUAAUCUUACUACAUCUCACGAUACAACAAUAGAACAGCCACAUAAAGUUUCUGUUGAUGAGAAUGAUAUUGUACAGGAUCCUAUUCCAUUAGAACCUGAGCAUUCAUCAGAUGCAAUUGAGUUGGCUGAUGAAAACAAUAUAGAAUCUAAUGAUUCAAUGACAUUGCAGUCACUUAAAACAGAAGCCCACGAUGAGAAAAUUGUCAUGAUUUCUGAUGAAAGUUCGACUACAAAUGAAGAAAAAAAGGAUGUACCGUGUGAAAAAUUAGAUCCAAAUGAUGGCGAAGAGUCUCAAAGUGUAAAGUCAUCAAUAGUUGAUGAUAUAAAAGACGCUAGCGGUGACGAUUCGAACAAAGAGUCACAAAAAUUUCAAGUUAUUCCAAUCGGUGAGAGCGAUGAAAACUCUAUGAACAGUGAAAAAGAAAUUAAAGAUGAUCUCACAUUUCACCCCGACGAUUCCGAAGACGCAAUUUUUGAGGAUGCCAAAGAUCAUCACUCAGAAACGGAAAAAGUAAUAGAAAAUAAGAAUGCAAAAGAUUUAUUUUCAGAAAAAUCCGAAGAACUGUCAGAAACAAAAUUGUCAUUAAAACCUAUAAUUGUUGCUGAAAUUGAGGAAUCUCGUAGUGCUAUCGACAGUGACGAAGAAGUUUUAGAAUUAAAGGCAUCGCGUUCAAAUAAUCGAAGAAAAGGAGCAGAUUCUUUAAAAGCAGAUAGUAGUUCAACACGGUCAAGAGAUCAUUCCGAAAAUGACGAUAAUCGUGAUUCUACGCCAAUUCGUACAAGAAGUCGGCAUUCGUCUACUGCUGUAAGUGUGUCUGAAUCAAAAACUUCAUUUACUUUUUCAAAAGAACAAGAGCAUUCAAUUUGGAAAGGAAAAUGGGAAGAUUGCCUGAAAGAAUUGCAAAGAUUAAAAGAGUUUCCGCAAAUAAUCGAUAAUAAGAUUAUUCAGGAUGAAGUCUACAAAAAAGUAUGUUUACAUCCUAUGAACAUGAAAAUUAUUACGAAAAAUAUUGAAACAAAUAUUUCGACAUUACCAAGUGACAUAAAGCGUGAUUUUGUUCUCAUGUGUACAAAUAUUAUAAUGCUAAAUAAUAAAGGUCAAAAAUUUAAUGAAAUGGUCCACGAUUUUACAAAAGAUUGUUUAGAAAUAAUAGAUACACAUAUGGAAAUAGAAGAUGCAUAUAAAAGCUAUCGCCGACAAAUCAAGAAGAAAUCAUAAAUUAGUUUUAUUAACUUUAAUCCGCAUUUGAUUUUCAAAUUUUUGAAUAAAAACC